GUCGCGUCCAAGUCUGCUAUCCAGCUCUCUCCGUUCGCUGCUGUCCUCGUUGUCUCUGGCGGUAGCAUGAACAUUGCAAGAGCCAGAAAUGCCAUAGCCUCUGCCGUGCGCAGUCGUUCUUACACGACGAUGUACGUCCCCCCCGCCUCGCUCGAGAACGUCGCGUUCAGGAGAGCACCCCGCAAGCCCGUCCCCGAGUCCCCCAACUUCUACACCGGCCGCGCCACGUACUAUGACCAGAUCGCUGCGCUUGAAACCGCGAUACAGAGCGCUCGAUCUGCACUGCAAAUCCUCCAGCUCCUGCCCCUUCCUGUCUUCGCCCGCGCCGCCAUCCCGCCCGCCCGCCAUGUCUGGUUGACAAAGGAUAGCCUGGCACAGAUGUUGCAUGCCCCAGUCAAGACGUCGCGGUAUCGUCGUUUGGUGGGCCUGCUGAACCAGCUCGACGAGUACAAGCGCAUUGCAGAGGUUGCAGGUGUUGACGUGCUCGCGGAGAAUGUUCAUGACAUCCUGGCCCUGUUCGAGCGUGCGAACAAGGAGGCCGUGCUGGCUCACGGAAAGCAGAAGCCUGUGAAGUUCGACGAGUAUGGGCGCAGUUAUACGAUCGGUCGGAGAAAAGAAAGCACUGCUCGAGUGUGGGUCAUUGCCGCACAAAACACCACCGACUCCUCGUCUGCAUCGUCUUCUACGUCACUCGAUACUGAAACGCCGCAAGAAACUAUAGAACACCUGCCCGAGCCUACGUCCACCGUUAUCUCAGCAGUGGACCACUCACCUAUCGAGCCGGUGAAGGUCACCACCACGAACAUUCUCGUCAACAGCACCCCACUUGUUCAGUACUUCCCCAAUCCCGCUGAUCGCGAACGCAUCGUCCGUCCGUUCAGGCUCACGGGGCUUGUGGGCGCGUAUAACGUCUUUGCUCUUGUCCGCGGCGGCGGAACCACCGGCCAAAGCGGUGCAGUCAGUCUAGGUAUCGCAAAAGCACUCGUGGCGCAUGCCCCAGAUGUCGAGUCAUUGCUGAAAAAAGCGAAACUCUUGAGGCGCGACCCUCGCAUGGUUGAGAGGAAGAAGACGGGAUUGGCCAAGGCGCGCAAAGCGUACACCUGGGUCAAGCGGUGAAGUCGUUACGUUACUCAUCGUUUAUGGCGGCCCGUUGUACCCUCCGUGACUUGAAAGUCUCCAUACAUACAGCUGUGCUCUAUCAUAAAAUCUGUGCUCUGCCUGCGAGUAUGGAUCGAUAGUUGGAAUCCGGUGGAACAUCAAGUGAGCCGGCAAACCCGAUUGAGGUGCGCUGAUAUCGGAUGAAAAGCAACGUAUAUUAUCAGACCAUUCGCAAUGUACACGGACAUAAACGGUCUACAACAACUAUUGCCCUCUACUGCGAUGUAUUGCAGAUACCGACGCAGAUUUGCCCUUGUGAACGCGUCGAUGAGAAGUUCUUCGGGCGCUAAGGCUGGCGAAGAGUUUUCUUGC